AUGCGUCAUUCCAUGGACAAAGAGUCCUCUCUGAAGGCCCCUUACCACCAGGAUCCAGCUGAGAAGGGCGAAAUCUUGCCAGAUGACGUUGCCGUCACAGCCAACGAAGACAACGACGUUGUCCUUGCCUUCAUCACAAACCUCGAUCCCGCAAUCAAGGAUGAACCCAUCUCGGCUAAAGAAUACCGCAGAGUGCGUUGGAAGAUUGAUUUGUGUAUCUUGCCUCUGAUGGCUGGGACUACGAUUCUUGCUGCGGUUGACAAGAAUGUCAUCGGUAAUACCGCCAUCUUGGGCAUUUUGGAGGACGCCAACUUGACCGGACUCGAGUUCUCUUGGAUUGGCAGCCUUUUCUUCUUUGGAUAUCUGAUAUUUGAAUGGCCAAUGGCCUACUUGAUUCAGCGAUUCCCCGUCGCCAAAUUAUUGUCUGUCACGGUUAUGGGCUGGGCCAUUCUCGCCAUGUGCACAGCAGCCACGCACAAUUUCGCUGGUCUCGCUGUAGUACGCUUUCUAAUGGGUGGCCUGGAGUCCAUCGUGUACCCAACUAAUAGCAUUCUAACCGUCAUGUGGUGGACUCGAGCCGAACAGCCUGUCCGCACCGCGAUUUGGUUCAACACAUUUUCGACUGCCUUUACGGGCAUCGUUAGCUACGGCAUUGGACGGACAGACACGAGUCUGUCCCAGUGGAGGCUGCUGUUUCUGGUCCUCGGAGGUUUCACCGUACUCUGGUCGGCUCUGCUCUGGGUUUUCCUCCCCGAUUCCCCUGUCAAGUGCUGGCAACUGAGUGAUAGAGAGAAGUGGGUUGCCAUGCAGAGAGUCAGGGAUAAUAACACCGGAAUUCAAGAUACGACGUUCAAGUGGUAUCAAGUAAGGGAGCUGAUUAUCGAUCCCAAGACAUGGAUGCUUGUCGUGUUUGCGGCCGCUCAAAAUGUUCCCAACGGCGCUAUAUCCAGUUUCUCUGGUCUCAUCGUCCGAGGUUUCGGCUUCAACACGCUUCAGGCCAUCUUGAUCAACCUCCCCACCGGUGUACUGGGGACCUGCUUCCAGAUCAUCCUGUCGAUCCCUUCCGCGAAACUUAAGGGCUACAGGUGUAUCAUCAUUGCAUGCGCUAACCUCGUUCCACUGACCUGUGCCACCUUGCUGUGGCAACUGCCUAGAAGUGAUCAGCAUGGUCUUCUUGCUUCAUAUCUCUGCUUCUGGACAUACUUUACCCCAUACGUCCUGUCCACUUCGCUUCCUAUGGCCAACACGUCGGGACAUACCAAAAAGGUCACUAUGAACGCUCUGUGGUUCAUUGCCUACUCUCUGGGGCCCCAGGCUUUCACAUCGCGAGAUGCGCCCGCAUAUACUGGUGGUUUUAUUGGGUUGCUUGUCUCGAUCGGAGUUGCGACCGCUUCCAUCUCCGCUUAUGGGAUACUCUGCAAGAGGGAGAAUAUGAGUCGAGACCGUAGCGGUUUGGGGGCUGAUAGCCAAGGCGACCAGAACGAGGCCUUCACCGACAUGACCGACAAAGAGAAGCCAUCCUUUCGAUACACAUACUGA